AUGGGGAACGAAGCGUCUCUACCUGAACUGUGCUCCACGUUUGACGUUGAAGAAAUUCGACGCCUUGCUAAACGUUUUAAAAAAUUAGAUCUUGAUGGAUCAGGCUCCCUUAGUGUAAAGGAGUUUAUGAGUCUCCCGGAAUUAAAGCAAAACCCCUUGGUCGCCAGAGUUAUAGAAAUAUUUGAUACCGAUGGCAAUGGAGAAGUCGACUUCAAAGAGUUUAUCAACGGAAUGUCUCAGUUCAGUGUUAAGGGUGAUAAAGAAGCGAAAUUGCGGUUUGCCUUCAAAAUAUAUGACAUGGACAAGGACGGAUAUAUCAGUAAUGGUGAACUAUUCCAAGUAAGUGAUUUUUUGUUUACGGUAACCCUCAAAAGGAGCAAUCUACGAGGACGUUUUCCGUUCAUAUUUUCUUCGUACAAUCAUGUUCACUACAAAAGUUUGCAUUGUACGCCUGCCACCGAAUUGAAUUCCGCCAUUUCCGGAAGUAGACUCACAAUCUUCCGCUUCUCAUCACUUCUAUCCAAGGGUGGCUUAGGUCGGCGGUUAUCGUGA